AUGGCCCAGCCAGCCCUUCCGGAUGAUAUUUUGCAUCUGUUAUGUGAGGAACUUGCGGCCCAGGAACAGUUCGACACCCUCUUUCAUUGCGCGUGUUCAAGUCGUAUCCUCGCCGUUCCUGCGUUGACACAUUUGUAUCGAUCGCAUCACCAGGCGCCUGUUCGAGGUGGCGGGGAUGACUUCUAUGGCUUGCCAAUAGCGACCAAGCUGCUGAUGCUCCAGAGAUGGUCUAUACUAUGGAGAUCUAUCAUAGCGUCCAGCCUUGGUGCUACCCUCUUUCCUUAUUGUCGAUAUAUCAAGUCGCUCGAUUUCCGUGAUCUGGGCAAUCUGCUUGAUGAUGAUCAGUUCCGAUUCAAGGUCUUCAAACAAUUCUUCUCGGGACCCCUGAAACAGUUUGAGAGAUCUGAAAGUCGCACAACCGUCAACGGCAGGAAGUAUACGUGGCUUAAUAACGCAGAAAUCAUUGAUGCGAUUGGCGAAGUUGUUACAUUACACACACCAACACUCGAGUCUAUCAGUGGCGAGCUUCUCUCUGAUGCGCUCGUGAGAUGGACUCCACGUCUUCCACGCCUGACCACUCUUGAACUAUGGGAUGGCAAGGCCCUAGAAGAUGAGCGGCUCCAUGCAGCUCUCCGAGAUAAUUGUCCACAGUUCAGCUCUUUGAUGAUCUACACCUGGAUGUCUGAUGAAACGGAUCAUUCUUUUGCCACAUUUCUAUCUGCAAUGCGACCUAAUUCUCUCAAGACUCUACAUGCUAUCAGCGAUAUCGGCGCUGGUGCGGAGACAUUCCUUGCUCUCAAUCAUCACGGAAGGUCAUUGGAGGAUCUGCAGCUCAGUGUUACGAACGAGACUUUGCCACACCUGUCGCUACUGCAAGGCUGCGUCGCCUUGAAGAACCUCCGGAUUGACGAUACGCAUGAGGCCGACGAUCUUGAGACUUCACAGCAGGAUGCUUUUUUGGAGACUGUUGCCUGGUUGAGAAAGUGCGAGAGUCUUCGAAGCCUAGAGUUCUUCAACUGCCAAUCUGGCGUCGCUCUUGUCACACCGGUGCUACUUGAAAAAAACAUUCGACUAAGUAGCCUUCACAUCGACUCGUACACUCUCAAAGAUCGUACCAACUUUCACCAAGCGCUUGUACACCAGCGAUCGUCACUUCGACACUUAUUUUUGAGCGGUGACAUCGAUGAGAUGUAG